AUGACCAUGAAUCCUGGUGCCUCCAUGUCUCCUUUCACUGUACUGCCCUUUCCCCCACACACUCCUGGACCUCCACAGCAAACACCCUGGAUGCAGCACCCACGGCCCCUCAUGACUUCAUCAUGCCUUCCAGGCACCCCUCUUGGGCUCUCUGCUUUUCCCAGGACACUUCUUGUGCCAAGCACUGGGGAUUCUGGCCCCAGUGGGGCCAGGCCUGCAAAGGUCAUUGUUCAAGUGAGGACAGAAGGGAGUUCAGCAGAGCUCCCUGGAAUUCAGACCUUUGUCUUGGGGCAGACCCCACUUAAUUGGAGUGCCUCAGGGCCUCCCAGUGGGGUAGUUGAGCAUGCCCCACCCCCUUUUGGGGAAGCCUCUGCUGUGAUCCCUGCCACUUCUGUUGUGGCUACUCAGGCUUGUAGGGGAGUUUGGUCCCCAGCUCUUUCUCUUCAAGUUCCACCACCAACUGCCCAGCUGGCCUCCAUUUUCCCCCAAGUGAAGGCUUGCUCAGGCCAACAUGCUUCUUCUGGGGAGCAAAGCCUGGCCGUCACACAAUCCAGGCCUUCGCUGGAUGACUCCUCCUGUAAUCCCCAGAGUGUUUACCAGAACUACCGACGUUGGCAAUGUUUCAAGUCUCUGGCCCGGAGGCACCAUCCCCAAAGCCCUGAUACAGAAGCUCUUUCCUCUGUCAAGGAGCAUGUUGAGAUCAUGGAAGAUCUCCUUGGAACUGCCCAUUCAGCCACUGUGGAGCCAGAUGGAAAAUAUGAAGAAGAAGAAAAUGAGCAACAACAGGAAGAGGAUGAGCUCUACCCAGACCCGGGACUCCUGAGCUACAUUGACAAGCUGUGUGCACAGGAAGGAUUUAUCACCAAGGUGGAAGCAGUUAUUCACCCUCAGUUCCUGGAAAUGUUACUAUCACCAGAAUCACAGGUAGAUCCCCUGUCCUUAAGGCAUGAGCUGGAGGAAGAGGAAGGACUCACUCUCACUCAGCUGAUAGAGAAGCGACUGCUGGAAUUGAAAGGAAACGUGGGUGUGGAGGCAUCCCCAACUUAUGGUGUGCCAACUAAGGAGUCACCUUGUACAGAGUCUGGGACCAGUCAAGGUGCAGGGAGCACAGAUAACCACAACAGCCAACUACAGACGAGCAAGAAAAUGAGCACAAGAAAGUUGGAUGCAGAUGACCCGCCAAAAGAUGGCAGCGGACACAGUCAUCUGUCUACGUCAAAAGAACUUCCUCUUUUUACACGGAGGCCCAUGUCACAGGAACUUAAGUCUGCACAAUCAACUUCUCUUCAACGGCGUCCUAGUCGCACCUACCCUAGAUUGGGAAACAGAGGAAACUUAAUGUCCUUACAAGCCUCUCCUAUUAGUGAAACACCUGGGAAAGGAGAAGGGUCCAGUGAAGAAGAAAAGGAAGAGGAGGAACUCCCCAGUCUUGACUUCCUCUUGGCAUCUCAAGAAAGCCUACUGCCCUGGAGUCUUUCCAAGAGUCCUCUGCCUGCCUUCAGCAUUCUGCACCAUGAAAUUUGGGGUACCUGGGGAGCAUCCCAGCUCCGAUCUCCAGAGACAGUGAGUCUUAGCCAACCUGGACAUACAGCUUCCAAGUGUAAGAUUCCAGCUCAAGUCAGAACUCCACUUGCUGCAAAGCGGCCCUACUCAGGGGCUGACCUUGGAGUCUCUGGGAGGCAACCCUUGACUGUGGGAGAGGUCCAACCCUCACUGCCUCUAAAAAGAAAGUGUGACCCUUCCACACAUGGAAAAAGGAAGAAGCAUCUUCUUAGCCAGUAG